AAAAAAAAAAGAAGAAGCUGUUAUACAAAUCUUCUGUAUCUAUAUAUAUAUAUAUAUCAUCACACACAUAUCACAUAGCCGAAAUCAAUGGCGAUAUUAUAUUCUCAAAUCAAGCUCCGUCUCCUAUUAAUCCUUGUAACUCUAACCAUAUUCCAAUACGGCUCAGCCGCCAAAAUUCACAUACCUGAUGAGCUAGAUGACGUGGCAGACGAUGAAGAAGACGAAGCAUGGAAAGAAUGGGGACAGAAAAAGAAGAAAGUUACUUUUGAUCCGCCGCCAGAUUAUUUUUCCGAUAUGGAUUUUAACAAGAUGCAAGAUGAGAUGAUGAAACGACAGACUGGUCCGUCGUUUGGGUUCGUUAAGCUUCGGUUAGGCGUUCGUCGAACUCCGGAUAUGAUAACAGAGAUUGCUAUGAAAUGGAGCAAAAUUGCAAGAACAGGAGCCAUAGAGGUCAAAUUUAUGGGUGUUGAUGUGAGCACAAUCAUGUUUACUUUGGAAAAGGGCCAAGACACUCUAGAGCUAAAAGAAUUUAUACUAAGCCAACCAGAAGCAUAUGAGAUUAAGAUUGGGGAUCGGCUUUUCAGAAGACCAGGAGAUCCUCCAUUCGACGAUGUUUUUGCUGAACUCCAUGCCAAAAACAACAAUGAAGAAGGUCAUGCUCACCCUUCAGUUGAAGAUCACGAGAAAGAUGAGUUAUAAUCAAAUGUUACGAAAAUUUAUUUUUUCCUCCUCUGGACAUGAAUGCUAGAUAUCUUUGCAAACAACUAAAAUUACUUGAGUUAUUCACAUUCAUGACUUCUCAUGAUCCCAAAAAGCAUUACUUAUAGUUA